CUCAUCCCAGCCUGGCGUGGGACAGGGAAGAGAAAUGGCUGCAGUGGAGUCAGUCCAGGGGCUGGUGACCUUCAAGGAGAUGGCUAUGUAUUUCACCAGGGAAGAGUGGGCUCUGCUGGACCCCACUCAGAGAGCCCUCUACUGGGAUGUCAUGCAGGAGAACUAUGAGACUGUGACCUCGCUGGGCCAGAGAAUAACAUCCAUGUUUCGCUGCAGAUCAUCUCGUCCUCCCAGGGGCAAGGAAAUGGCUGCAAUGGAGCUGGCUCAGGGGCCGGUGACCUUCGAGGAGGUGGCUGUGUAUUUCUCCAGGGAAGAGGGGACUCUGCUGGACCCCACUCAGAGAGCCCUCUACAGAGAUGUCAUGCAGGGGAACUAUGAGACGAUGGUCUUGCUGGCCUCAAUAGGUCCCUGUGAUGGAAUGUAAGGCUACAUCUAGACUACCCACCGUAUCGGCGGGUUAAAAUCGAUUGCUCGGGGAUCGAUAUAUGGCGUCUCAUCUA